CAAUGUGGCUUUUCCACCGCCUCAGAGCAAAUUUAUCAUUAUUUCUCGUCACAAUCACUCUACUAACUACUAUCAGCUCUGUUUUUGGCCAAACUUUCAAUCACCACUUCUGUUCUAACAAAUCUUAUAAUGACACGGCCAACAUUAAAACCUUGUUGGGCUCUUUGUCCUCCAAAGCAGCCCAGAACAACAGCUUCUACAAGGACACAUCCAAUAACUUGUACGGCCUCUACCAAUGCAGAGGCGAUGUUGCAACUGAUAUGUGCCAGAAAUGUGUGGAGGCAGCAAUUCAAGAAAUCCAACAACCCUAUAGAUGCCAAUCUAAAAGCAGGGCAGACAUAUGGUACGAUGAGUGCACGUUACGAUACGCUCCUGUUAACUUCUUUGGAACUGUAAAAUUAGAUCCACUAGUUUUGAUGUAUAAUGCCCGUAAUGCUAGUUCACCCAAUAAUACAUACGUUGACACACUUUCUUUAAUGAACCGUCUGGCAUCAGAGGCUGGGAAGGAGCCGAUGAUGUAUUAUGCACAUGAUGAAUUACCUGCAACUGCAGGUGAUGUUGCACCGAAGAACGUAUCUGCGACGGUGCAGUGUUGUAAAGAUAUAAGUGGUGACGACUGUAAUCGCUGUUUGCAGAAUCUGGCUAUGUAUGCCGAGACAUGUUGCCUAGAGAAGAGCGGGUGGCGUAUAUUGGCACCCAGUUGUAAUAUGAGGUAUGAGGAGUAUCGUUUCCUUACACCGUCCGCGCCUCCACCGGUGCCUCCACCUGCGCCUACUACUACAAGCAAAGGGGGAAAUUAUUCAAUACUUCCGGAGCACCACGUGUCCAUACUCCAAACCAAUCACCAAUCAAUUAGCCCCAUGUUGUCCCCCCAUCUCCAACAUAAAUCGUGGGACCUUGUGUCUCUCCACCAAUCAAAACAUAAUGGAGGAUCACAUGUCCAUCUCGAUAAUCACCAAAGCAAAGGAAAGAAUGACAAUACAACUCUAACAAUCAUCAUUGUCGUUGUUUCAUCUAUUCCUUCUAUGAUGAUAUUCAUUGUAUGCAUUUGCAUCCUUUUAAGAAAGAGGAAGCAAAGGAAGUCAAGGCAGCAAGUUGAAAUUGUGGAAGAAAUUAGCGUUGUGGAAUCCUUGCAAUACAACUUUGAUGCCAUUAGCGUUGCAACAAAUAACUUCUCUGAUGUUAAUAAGCUUGGACAAGGUGGAUUUGGUGCUGUUUACAGAGGUAGGCUUCCAAAUGGACAAGAAAUAGCUGUGAAGAGACUAUCUAGGGAUUCAGAACAAGGAGAAUUAGAAUUCAAGAAUGAGAUUAUGUUGGUUGCCAAGCUUCAACACAGGAAUUUGGUUAGGCUCGUUGGAUUUUGUUUGGAAGGAACUGAAAGGCUUCUCAUCUAUGAAUAUGUGCCAAAUUCGAGCCUCGAUCACUUCAUAUUUGAUGCCAUCAACCGUGCAUGUUUGGAUUGGGAUAGGCGUUACAACAUCAUAGCAGGCAUUGCUCGAGGACUUCUUUAUCUUCAUGAAGAUUCACGACUUCGAAUUAUUCAUCGCGAUCUCAAAGCUAGCAAUGUUUUGUUAGAUGCGGAGAUGAACCCGAAAAUUUCAGAUUUUGGCUUGGCGAGAUUGUUUGUACUUGAUGAAACUCAAGGAAAUACAAGCAGAAUAGUAGGAACCCACGGAUAUAUGGCUCCAGAGUAUCGAAUACAUGGCCAGUUCUCAGUCAAGUCAGAUGUGUUUAGUUUUGGUGUCUUAAUUUUGGAAAUUGUGAGUGGUCAGAAGAACAAUCGUUUUCGCAAUGGAGAGAAUGAAGAGAACCUUUUAUGUUAUGCUUGGAAAAGUUUGCGAGAAGGAAUAGCUUCGAAUAUAAUUGAUCCCACAUUGAGGGAUGGCUCGGGUUCAGAGCGUGAAAUGAUAAGAUGCAUUCAUAUUGGGUUGCUUUGUGUACAAGAAAACGUGGCUGCAAGACCAACCAUGGCUGAAGUUGUUCUCAUGCUUAAUAGCUUCUCUCUCACCCUUUCCCCACCUUCAGAACCAGCAUUUUUUGUGCGUAAUAGCAUUGGCCCAGAGUUACCAUUGCCCCAGGAAUAUAAUUCAUCAGCAUCUGAGUCUAGUCAAUCAAAAAGUAAAUCCACCCUUGUAUCAGUCAAUGAAGCUUCAAUUACUGAGUUAUAUCCGCGAUAGAUUUUGAGUAUGAGAUUGAAGUGAUGAACAUUUUUAUAUGAUUUUUUGUGUUUGGUUAUUUCUCUUUUGGAAAUCUUUUCCUUUAAUGGAAUAAUGUUUUAAGUUCAUGAUAUCACAUAGGAGCGUACUUCUCGACUUGUCCUUAGAAGGUUUCUAUUCUUUAAGCAUCUUGAUAUAGUGCUUCCAUGUUGAUCCCAACUCUGUAACAGAUGUGUUUGUAAGAACUUCAAUUUAUGCUACAAAUUAUAGCCAAA